ACCUUUUUGAACCAAAAACAACGAAACUUCAAAGACCCUACGCUGAACCUUCGUAGAACCCUCUUUCCCCUUUCUCUGCUGCUUCAAAAUUUCCCGCUUUUCCUUUCCCUUUUAUUCUCGCCAAUCGGAAUCUUCCCAUGUUCGCAGCAAGCUCAACUGACUAAAAAAUAACUGUUAAAACGAUUAUCUAUCGAAUCAGAUCAGAUCUGAUCGAGCUAAUUGUUUAUUUUUGUGCUGAAUUAAUUAUUACUCUUUGGAGCUUCAGAUUUGGAAAAAAAAAGGGAAGAAAAAGGAGAGGGGUUGAAAAAAUGCAUGCUCGAUACAUGGAGACACCCGGCAACAUGGCUGCGAGGGAAAAGCGAAGCUUGGAUACGAGCAGCAGCCAGGAAGGUCAGCCCGAUCGGAAACGACCCGCUCUGUCAAGUGUGAUUGUUGAGGCUCUAAAAGUGGACAGUCUACAGAAACUUUGCUCAUCGUUGGAACCAAUUCUUCGGAGAGUUGUUAGUGAAGAAGUUGAGCGAGCCUUAGCAAAAUUAGGGCCUUCCAAACUAAAUGGGAGGUCAUCUCCGAAAAGAAUCGAGGGACCUGAUGGAAGAAACCUUCAGCUCCAAUUCAAAUCCAAGUUGUCACUCCCUCUCUUCACGGGUGGAAAAGUCGAGGGAGAACAGGGCUCCGCAAUCCACGUCGUGCUGCUCGAUGCAAACACUGGCCGAAUCGUAACUUCCGGCCUAGAGUCCUCUGUCAAGCUAGAUGUUGUCGUGCUUGAAGGUGAUUUUAACGAGGAGGAUGAUGAGGACUGGAGCCAGGAGACAUUCGAGUCUCACAUAGUCAAAGAGAGAGAGGGGAAGAGGCCACUCCUCACUGGGGAAUUGCAGGUGGCUCUAAAGGAAGGUGUUGGCAGCCUUGGGGAGCUGACUUUUACCGACAACUCAAGCUGGAUCAGGAGCAGAAAAUUUCGGCUUGGCCUGAAAGUUGCUUCGGGUAGCUGUGAUGGGUUACGAAUCCGGGAGGCGAAAACGGAUGCCUUUACUGUCAAGGAUCACAGAGGGGAAUUGUACAAGAAACAUUAUCCUCCUGUGCUAACUGAUGAAGUUUGGAGAUUGGAGAAGAUCGGGAAGGAUGGGUCAUUCCAUAAGAGGCUUAAUAAAUCUGGAAUACACACGGUCGAGGAUUUCUUGAGAUAUGUUGUGAGAGACCCGCAGAAGCUCCGAAAUAUUCUUGGAAGUGGGAUGUCAAAUAAGAUGUGGGAUGUCCUUGUAGAGCACUCAAAGACUUGCGUUCUUAGUGGAAAGCUCUAUGUAUACUACCCGGACGAGCCAAGAAAUGUGGGCGUCAUCUUUAACAACAUCUACGUUUUCAGUGGUUUGAUUGCUGGCGGACAGUAUCAUUCAGUUGAUUCUCUUUCCGAGAGUCAGAAGGUCUUCGUGGAUACACUGGUGAAGAAGGCCUACGACAACUGGAAUCACGUCAUAGAAUAUGAUAGCAAAUCACUUCUGGGCUUUGAUCAGAACAAAGGCUCGGAUUCAUCACAGAAUGAUCUGCGAAUGCAAACACAUCAGCCAAACUCUUUUCACCAGCUCAGUCAACCUACUCUGCCAGCACCAAUUCCUGCCGAACAUCCUUUCAUGGACCCGGGAUUGACCAUCGGAGAUUACAAUGACAACAUUGGAGGCCGAUAUUCAGUGCAACAACAAAACACGAAUCUCAAUGCAUCUGUACAAUUAAACAACAGCACUUCUUACACCCAUAACCAGCUGAUAAAUGCGACCCAUCAAGCUCAGCCAUCUCGAAGUGAAAACAUGCUGGCUCUCGGCCCACCACUCUCGACCACACCUGACUUUCCCAAUGGCAGCACACAUAGUUUCACUCCUUUUAGGGGCUUAGACGAUAUACCAGAAGAUGAAAUUCGUGUGAGGAGCCAUGAAAUGCUCGAAAACGAGGAUAUGCAGCAUCUGCUACGCGUAUUCAGCAUGGGCGGCGGCCAUCAUAACGCUUCAUUUAGUGCCAGUGAGCAUAAUAAUUAUCCAUAUUCCGCUUUUACCCCUAUCACGCCUUCGAAUUUUGGGUUCGGAGAAGAACGCGCGCGUUCGUCUGGUAAAGCUGUUGUGGGUUGGCUCAAGCUAAAAGCAGCUCUAAGGUGGGGAAUUUUUAUCAGGAAAAAAGCUGCCGAGAGAAGAGCACAAAUAAUCGAGCUAGAUGACUUCUAGAAGCCCUACUCAAGUUUCGGCUCCGUGCAUGUCUAGACCACUUUGGUUGGUAAGUGGUUCAACUUUUGAGAAGUAAUUGGGUCGGGCAAUUGCAUAAUUUUUGCUCGAGUGGCGGCUUGCGACUUUUGGUCAAGAUUACAGCUUCCGAGCUUGGAGUAUGUCGAUUUUACUGAUCUGUGCGUGUGGCACGUUCUUUACAUUUACGGCUAUAGCAUACAUAAAGAAGUAACAGGUGUGAUUAUUUUUGUUUAGCAUAUGUUUUUAACUUUUUAUAGAUUGUGGCAACAAGUCUAACGUCACAAUGGAUGUGCUAUCUAAUAAGAGCUGUCGUAACUGCAAAGCGUAGAUGUUGGAUGGCCUAGAAAUUCAGCUCCUCUGAAUAUCUUGUACUCUCUUCAGAAUAUGAUACAAGUCAUUUUGAUUUUUGCAUGUGAGCUUUAUUUUCAUGAUUCCACUUUAAAAUAACGGACUAUGCUAG